ACCCUUAAUUGAACAAACCUGUCUCUCACUUGUCUCAACUCUAUCAAACUUGACUCGGAGAAGAAUCAGAAUGGCUCUCAAUCAAGAGUUAGAAGCUCUGACCCAAGCUUUCUCAGGGCAUGGAGUGGAUGAAAAAUCAUUGAUAACAAUACUGGGAAAAUGGGAUCCACUAGAGAGAGAAUCUUUCAGGAAGAAGACAUCACAUUUGUUUACUGAGGAUCAUGAACGCAAUUUUCAGAGAUGGGAUGAGCACUAUGUUCGUCUUCUCAAGCAUGAAUUCGUGCGAUUUAAGAAUGCUGUGGUGCUUUGGGCUAUGCAUCCUUGGGAAAGAGAUGCCCGUUUAGUAAAAGAGGCCCUAAAGAAAGGCCCGAAUGCAUAUGGAGUGAUUAUUGAGAUUGCAUGCACUCGAUCCUCCGAAGAGCUAUUGGGAGCAAGGAAAGCCUACCAUUCCCUCUUUGACCACUCCAUUGAAGAAGAUGUUGCCUCUCACAUCCAUGGCAUUGAACGAAAGCUCCUGGUUGCCCUUGUGAGUGCCUAUAGAUAUGAAGGAUCAAAGGUGAAAGAUGACACUGCAAAAUCAGAGGCCAAAAUCCUUUCGAAUGCGAUUAAGAAUGCUAAUAAGAAGCCUUUAAAUGAGGAUGAUGAAGUAAUAAGGAUAUUGGCAACAAGAAGCAAGCCACAUCUUCAGGCAAUUUGCAAGUACUAUAAAGAGAUAUCUGGCAAGGACCUUGACGAGGAUCUUGAUGAUUUAAGAUUUAAAGAGACUAUGCAAUGCCUUUGCACCCCACAAAUAUAUUUUAGUAAGGUUUUGAAUGCAGCAUUGAGAGUUGAUGUGGACAAGAAUACUAAGAAAUCGGUUACCCGUGUGAUUGUUACUCGAGCUGACAUUGAUAUGAAGGAAAUAAAGGCUGAGUACCAUAACCUAUAUGGAGUUUCUUUAUCCCAGAAAAUUGAAGAGAUAGCUAAAGGGAACUACAAGGAUUUCUUGCUAAGCUUGAUUGCAAGAGGAGGCUAAUUGAAGACAUUAAAAAGAGAACAAAUCCUCAGAAAAUGAUUUUCUGGUUUUAAUUUCUAUCUCAUGUAUUGUUUUUCGGCCAAAAUUUCUUUGGACUGUUGCAUGAUGCUUCAUCUUGUAUAAUUAUUGUCACAAAAACAAAAUUGGUAAAUGUACCAAAUAAAACUGUUCUGGUAUUUAUUCCGAGACAAAUAUCCUUUGC